AUAAGAUUAUAUCUUUUAAAACUUCAGAAAAAAAGAAAUUCUUUAUCAUUAAUCCCCAAAAUUAAUAUUUUACUUAAACUAUUUUCUGAAAUUACUCAAAUUAUUUUAUAUCAAAUAGCUAUCAUUUCAAGAAUAGUUUUUAUACAAAUAAAACACCCCCUAGCUAUAGGAUUAAUAUUACUUAUUCAGUCAUUCUUUACGUGCUUAAUUACUGGUCUUAUAUUUAACUCAUUUUGAUACUCAUAUAUUUUAUUCUUAGUUUUUUUAGGAGGAUUAUUAAUUCUGUUUAUUUAUGUAACCUCUUUAGCAUCAAAUGAAAUAUUCACUUUUUCUAUAAAAAUUUCUAUAUUCGCCAUAACUAGUAUUUCAUUUAUUGUUUUUAUUAUACUAUUUACUGACAACAACCUAGUUUCUUCUAUUUUCCCUAUAGACAACUUAUUUAAAUUUAAUACUCCCAUUAAUUUCACACCUACCAACAGACUGUCACUAAUAAACCUUUAUAAUUUCCCCACAAACAUAAUUACUAUUUUAUUAAUAAAUUAUUUACUACUCACCCUAAUUGCAGUAGUAAAAAUUACUAAUAUUUUUCACGGACCCCUACGUCCCAUAUUCUCUAACUAAUGAAUAAACCUAUACGAGUAAGACACCCCCUUUUUAAAAUUGCCAAUAAUGCAUUAGUAGAUUUACCCGCUCCUGCCAAUAUUUCAUCUUGAUGAAAUUUCGGUUCACUUCUAGGUCUUUGUCUUAUUAUCCAAAUUAUUACAGGACUUUUCCUUGCCAUACACUAUACUGCAAACAUUGACAUAGCAUUCAAUAGAGUUACCCACAUUUGUCGAGACUGUAAACUAUGGCUGAUUAUUACGAACUCUGCACGCUAACGGAGCCUCUUUCUUUUUUAUCUGCAUUUACCUCCAUGUUGGGCGAGGAAUAUACUAUAAUUCAUUUAUAUACAUACACACAUGAAUAGUAGGAGUUGUAAUUUUAUUUCCUAGUAAUAGGAACUGCCUUCAUAGGCUAUGUUCUCCCGUGAGGACAAAUGUCAUUUUGGGGGGCAACAGUUAUUACUAAUCUUUUA